CCUCACCGUGCUGCGAUUCCUUCAACAGGAAACUUGCUUAGCCUGUGCUAAAUAUUCAUAUUGCUCAUGGAUGUCACUGAAUGUCCUUUCUUUUCCAAUACAUACCUAUAUCUAAAAGCACACGGUUUGCUUGCAGAUUUUCUCCCUUCCCUUCUCCUCCCUUUGGGAAGCCGCCCAGUCCACCCCGAAAACACUGUCCCCCAAAGCGAGGGGAUGCGCUGCACCCUCGGCUGUCACCGCGAGGGCUGGACGCGCAUGCGCGGCGCGAGCGGCCCGGCCCCAGCGCCGCAAGUCGUAGGCAAGGUGGGUCCGGGGACCCCCAGGUCGAGCCCAGCGGCAGUGCAGGAUCGCGAGCGGCCCGGCACCGGCGCUGCAGGUCACAUUAGAUGAAUCUGUACCUUGGGACCACCACAUCGUUAGUAUAUAAGACUGGAUUACAAUUAAAGGAUGAGGAAGCUUU